AUGGAGAUCGGGGAUGAAGAAGAGCAGGAGUGCCGCCAGACCCUUCUGCGGGAUGAACAUACCGGUGAAUUCAAGCGAUGCAGCCGAGAGAUGCGACUGGAGGAGUUCGGUGACAAGUUCGUCAUCAGGUCUAUUGAUCCCGACGUUCCAGAUGCCGCCUUCUCCAUCGACCGCAGCGAUGGCCUCCUUCAAAGGCUGGAAGGUUCGUUCAGAUCCUCUGCGUUGUGCGACUUUAUAUCUGGUUCUCAGGGUCCCUUCUCCGUUCUUCUUUCAAAAGCUUUCCUAUUCUUCUUUAAACAAUGGCAACGUUUUGACUACGUGCUGAAAUAUCGACGUCACCGUGGAGUUACCUCUUGAAAAACCUUUGAAAAAUUUGUUACCGACUUGCCGACAGGGUCCGUUACCUGAAUUGGCCAAGCAAUUUAUGCUACCGCUUAGGAGUGGCGAUUUUGUCCCAAGGAAAGCGAUCCUGACGCCGUAUAAUCGCUGAGAGAACGAAUCGUUGUGUCCGGGGUAUCCCUGCGACAAUGAGUCUUGAGAUUUGACGCUUCUUCGUUAGUGUGCUUUGUUUGCGCACAUUUAGUGGCAGGAUAAUCUGGAGGGCAGGAUUGUUUUCUUGACUCAACUCAAUGAUAAUUUCUCACAUUUUCGGAUAAAAAUAUAAUUUUAUUCAUAUAGUACAUUAGUUUCUGAGUCAAAUGCGCUUUAUUCGCUUGAAAAUGGAUCGUUUUUCUGAUGUUUUUAUUCAAAAGUUUGUGCCUGUUGAGUAAUAGAAUUACCCCAUUGGUCAUCCCGUAGUUUCUGGCGUGUUUCGAGAAAAUUAGUUGUAAUAGUGCAUAUUCGAUUUAUGCGACAUACCAAAACGGAUGGAUCCUUCCGAUGAGCUUGUCAUCAGUCUUUUCUUCUUCAUCUGUUGCUGCUGUAGAAUGAUGCAAAUUCAUAUAGCGGCAAGAUAAGUUCAUGUUCAGUCAUUUGGAUUCAUAUAGUUCAGACGGGUUCUUAUGGGAUACUAAUUCCAUAGUGAAUGGCAUGCCUUGAUACACCAAAUUUCGCUUAUUUGACAUUGAAUAGCACUAUGAUGAAAAGUUUGAUAAUAUUUCUCAUCUGUGCAGGAAAUUCUACCGACUUUGGAGCUCCUUUGAAUACUUCAAUCAUCUAUGGUGUUGUAGGGACUAUUAGGCUACUUGUAGGUAAUUGCUUUUCUUUCAGUGAAUGAUGAUCAUGCCAUUUUCUCUUAAUUUUUAUGAAAUUAAUGAUCAUCAUCCAUUACUGUUCCAGAAAUUUCUUCUGUCCUGAGGGUCUCAUUUCUCUUGCACCAUACGUGAUUAUUGUUUAGUUAUGUCAUAAUAAUUUAUAUUAAAUUUAUAAUCAGGCGUCCAUUACUCUUCUCUCGAACUACGAUAAUAAUUAUUGUGCUAUUUGACCCUGAUAAAAGAAAAGGCUUCUUGUUGCCCGGAUCUUUUAUCGCUUUCUAGUCGCGUUUGGUUCUUAUGAUCCCAUUAUGCUCUUUCGAUUAGAACUAACACUCUUCUGAAAACGUAGUUGGGUAUACUAAUGUUGAAAACACGAAGGUUCUCUUGAAAUUUUCAUUCUCUAGGACUUCAGGUGCCAAAUUGAUACACCUGUAGGUUAAUGUUUUUAUCAUCUAUGUUAUCCACAGCAAUUAAACUAUUCAGAGGCAUUCUGUGAUUAGAAGAUUAAUAUUUUUUUAUGUCGUCAAGUCCCAGUUAAGUUGUGAAGAGCAUGAUGCCACAGAUUUUUUAAAAAAAAUCAUAUAAUGUAACGAAUAAUAUAAAUUAAUUAAUUUAGUAACGGUAAGAUUAAGUAAAAUAUAUGAUUAUUAUAAUUAAUUUGGUUAUUGUAAUUUGUUAGGUAUCAAUUCAAAAUGAAGAAAAUAAUGCCAUUUUCUUUGCUUUUAAUAUCAUCACUGUCUAUUUGAAUGUACAUGACGUACUUAAAAAACGUUUACCAUAAAAUGCUUUUCUAAAACGGUAAAGCUGUCUAACAUUUGGAUGUCUGAUCCUCGUAUAUGAUGAUAUUUUGCUACUUUCUUCUUGUUCCUUCAGUUAUCAUUUAUUUGGUUACAUAACCAAGAUUGAAGAAGUGGACCUUUAGCAUAAGAGUUUAGAUUUUUGUAUUUUUACUCUUAGGCAUUGUGAAAUGUAUCCUAUGUUACAUUUUUUUCGGAUUACCUACGGUUUGGUUCUCAACAGAAAUUUAUUUUAUUUAAAAUAUGUUUUCACUUGAAAAGCUUUUAUGUCAUUUAGUGCAUUGCCUUUUUUAGUUCAUUGAUAUAAAUGCGUUAUCUCAUUCUCUGUUUUAGUUUUGAUAAAGGCCAAAGUUCUCCCCUCUUUGUCAAAUGUACCCUCGAAACUCAUGUUUUCGUAAACUGAAGUAAAAGAUGAAAAAUACCCACUUGAUGUUUCUCCUCAGUCAGCCAAACUUUAUGUAUAAUAUCCAUUUGAAGUUCCUUUUUCUUUGAGGUCUUUGUUAGUGCUUUUGUUUGGUGAUUCAUGUACGUAUAGAUGUCUAUGUAGAUAUAUAGCAGGUUGUCAUACCUGACAUAUGUUUUUUCAUGAAAUUUUCAUGUUAUAAGAAGUGAAAGACAUUAUUACCUUGUUCUAUGCUUAAUAUCAUCGAGAUAGAAUUCUUUUUUUUUUUUGGGACGAUGCAUCUUGUUUGCUAUGUCCUUAAACUACCUAGUCAUUUUUCCUUUUGUAUUUAUUCUUGCUGUUUAAUUCAGGAGCAUAUGUUCUUGUAAUAACUUCUCGAGAGGCAGCUGGCAGUCAUCUUGGAGUUCCCAUUUACCUAAUCAAGUCAAUGAAGUUUUUAUUAUGCAAUGGAUCUUUGAAACAUUCAGCCUCACAACUGGUAUGAUCAAUUAAAUUUUUUCACCCAUAAAUCGAGCAUAAUCAUUUACUUCUCAAUUUUAAAUCAAAUAUUACUUUUGGCAGAAAAGAGACGAGGCUUACUUCAUAACCCUUUUGAGAACUGUAGAGUCAACUCCUGGAUUGUAUUACUCGUAUGAUGGUGAUCUGACGUUGAAGUAAGCCGUUUAUUCCCCCAGAAUUUAGAUAAGUUAUCUUUAAUGUAAUUAAAUUAAUGUUAAUAUCUAUCUGGAAGAGUCUAACUUCUUUCUACGUGGCCAAAGUUUCUUAUUUUUAAACUGAAAGCUCUCUGAUUGAUAUAUCUACUGUUCAUCAGUGUGCAAAGGACUUGCAGAUCAGCUAAAAGGCAAGGCAUACCACUUUGGAAGCAAGUUAGUUCUCAUUUUCCCAGUUACCUUUUAAUGUACCUCGCAGGGAUAUUAAAUUCUUACUACCACUCAUGGAAAUCACACUUUAUAGAACAUUCUAGAUAUCAUAGAAUAUACUUAAGCUCUUACAGUGCAGUGACGUGUAUUUUAGAUUAUUUCAUUAAAAAAAAUCAACUCUGCCUCAUUUUAUAUGAUGUGGUAGCUUGUGCGGCUUUGUAGGUCAAUGACUUGCUUAAAUGGCAUAAAAAUAAUAAAAUACAUUUGAAAAUAUUGGUGAACAGUGGAGCCUAUUAAAAUAAAGAAUAUCAUUAACGAGAUAUUUUGUUUUUAGGACUUACUUUUGGAUGAUCCCUCUCCUGUGUCUGAUCCCAAUUCCCUAUCUUCUUCUGCCUUUUUCUCAGCCAAUGCUAGUGACAAGGUAUUUUACAGGGAAAAGAAGAGGAAAAUAGUUGUUACACUAAGAGCUAAUGCCAGUGAUAAGGACACUAACAGCAAUAAGAGUGAAGAUAAUGAUAACAUUCAAAUUCAAGAGUGGCAAACAUGAGCCUUUCCUUCCUAGUCUCUUCUAUUUCACUCGUCUUCCUCUCUUUGUGUUCUUCUUCUUUUGCAUGGUCCAUUGGUAGCAUGAAAAAGCUUUUGAAAUGAUCGCAUAUUUUAUAAGCUUCUUUAUUCUCUUAAAUGCCAAAAUAUGCAUCCUCAUGCAAUGCAUAGAAAUUCUCGAGCCUUUUAAGGAAUAUUCAUUUCCUGAGGUUUAUGAAAUUUAAGCAUGCACAAUACUUCAUAUGAUUAUAUUUCACAUCUAAACAUCUACUUUUCAUUGAAAUGUGAGUAUGCAAUAUUCUUGUAUUAAUAUGGCAAUCCUGUCAUGAUUUCAGGCUGAUCCACGUUUUGUCUGGAACCGGAUUUUGUUAGAAGAACUGAUUGAGUGCAAGGUUAGUAAGAAGCGAUUCAACUUGAUAACUAACAGGCAGUGAUUGUUACAUAGCAAAAUAGGGGAAAUUUCCAAUGAUAAUCUACAAAAUUUCUAUAUGAUGUCAAGUUUUUCUCUUUUGUGACCUUGCAGUUGGACGUAUUCAGCAUUCCGAUUAUACAAGGAAGUAUCCAUCCACUGUCAUUUCUUGAGUAAUGUUGUCUUUUAUACUUCUAUCUCUGUGUGCGUGUGUCAUAUCUACUUAUGUAUACACAUACUGUGCUUCAUUGUGAUCACCAUUGACCGUGCAUGCAAAGUUCUUUUGUCUUGAGCAUACCGACAUACCAACUCACAUAUCACGUUGGGAUUGUUGCAUUGUUCACCUUAACGAAUUGCUAGGCUUUCACAGCAUAGAGGUCACUAUGAAAGACUUGCCCAUCAAAAUCACUUUGAUUUCAAGGAGGUGUACAUGGCGUUUAGGUAUAAUGAUGUAAAAAUUGCUUUUAUUUGGGGGUUAAAUCAAUCCGCUGAGUGUAUUUCUUACUGGUAUCGUGUGUCUACUAGGAACACGAAUGUGGCGAAGAGGAGCGAAUCUUGAAGGAGACACUGCUAAUUUUGUGGAGACAGAACAGGUGUUAGAGUUUGGAGGUUUUACAUCCUCAUUUAUGAUGGUAACUAUAUGCCUCUGUAACAAAUUUCAUACAUAGAAUGCCACUUUGAACGCACCCAGCCUUCAUAUAUUAAUGCAUCUUGACGUCAUGUCUGUGGGCCUUUUAGGGUUGUGAGCCAUUCAGCUUGUCUAAAACCUUAGAAACAAUUGUCUGAUCAUCUCAACUCCGGCUUCGUUUCUUGUACUUUUCAGGUUCGAGGUUCUGUGCCACUUAUAUGGGAGCAGAUUGUCGAUUUGAGUUAUAAGCCUAGGCUUAACAUAAUCAGUCAUCCGGAAACUGUAAGUGGAUUUGCAAGUUACACUUUCCUUUGCUUUUAUUGCUUAUGACAGAGUUCAUGCAUUUAUUCUGGUUCCUGUAGACAAGAGUGGUCGAAUGCCACUUUAAUGAUCUUGCACAAAGAUAUGGAGAGAUUAUUGCAGUAGACCUGACCGACAAGGUGAGCCUCCAUUUCUCUUAGUUUGUUAUCCAGCGUGAUUGUGGUAAUUUACAUUGUCGGAAGUGGUCACUGAAGUAUCGCUAUUGGGUUUGUGGCUGUGGGUGUGUGUCGGUGAGCGAGAGGUUAGGAGAAAGAAACGAUCAGGUGUGAUUCAGAGAAGAGAAUAAAACUAGAACCCUUAGCCUCACGUAUGUGACAUGAUGUGGCUUGCAUCACUUUGGCAAUAAGUAGGAUUGAAACCUUAAUUAGGAAAAUGAAAGGGUCAUCUGCUUACUAAUAUAAGAUUGAAAAAAAAUAAAAAACAGUGUACGUUUUUGUUCUCGUUUUCAGGGUGUUGAUAUAAUGAAUAUCAAUAAUUGAGACACCCUACUUUACCUGACAACCCAGGUAAAGUAGGAAAAUAAUUCUUUCAAACAAGCCUACAUUCAGGUUUCAUUUAUUAUUUCUUCAAUUUAAGCAUUUUAAAUUUUUUGGGUGAGAAUAACAAUGAGGCUUCAAUUCGAUGCUGAUUUAUGUCAUUUUUCCUUCUUUUCAAAAUUAGUUUCUCAUCUGUCAUUAUACGCAGGAUGGGGAUGAAGGUCAGCUGAGCAAGGCAUUCGAGGUGGAAAUGGAGAAACUUCCUAAUGUGAGGUAGUCACACAUUUCUUGUAUGCAAUAUCCACUGUUCACCUGCAUGUUUUCUGGCUCGAAUGCCCAAUUUAGUUUUCGAGUUCAUGACUCAAGUCUGUUAUGUCUUGCUCUAGAAAAGAAUAUUAUCUGUGACCUUCUAGCAUCAUGCACGCCUCCUCGGAUAAAAACAACAUUCUUCUGGCUUAGUUGGAUAGAGUCAUUGACAAGUGAUCAUCCAAUGGCAAGUCAAGGCAUCUUGAGUAUAUGUUUCAAAGGAAGCUUGUAAUCAACGAUAGAAAGUGGUUCAAGGUCAGAAUAUAGUUUGCUGCAAACGCUAAAUGGACAACUUGUUGACAUUGCAUUGAAAUAGGCAUCUGCUUUUCGAAUUCCCCAUUGUAUCUAUAUUAGCUUUAUGAGCUAGUAACAGCUGGAAUAGACAUCUCAAAUCAUGGUACACUAUUCGAUUUCAUGUUAGGCCACAAAAAUUCUGAACUCCACGCUAAAUGUCUGGUUUGACCUAAUUAGACCACAAAUUAUCUCAUAGGAUUCGGUGGGAUAGUAGAAAAAUUGGUAAAGGUAGGAUUGGAAACAAAAGCUCUAUCAUGAUGAGACAGUACCAUCCAUAUUGGCGAGUUAUACAUGGUCUAUUAAAAAUGGCCCAUCGUGCAACUUGUUGGUUCAAUAUUAUGGUAAGCAUCCGCUGAUGAAAGUAACGACCAUUUUCAUGAUCGAUUUUUUAAAGCUGGGAAUAGGAAAACAUCCUUCAAAACAGCUUUUGAGUAUUAUUACUAGCAUUUUGGGCCAUAAAAGGCCUAAAUUCUCUGCGAAUGUUCUUAUCCUAAACCCUUAACAUUUUAGGGUUGGUGUGGAGUUGUCUACUUAAUUCUAGAGGAAAAGCUUUAUCAGUGGAUAUGGGAUGGAUGUUAUCUGAUACCGUGCUCUCUAGUGGAGGAGCUUAUCUUAAAUCACCACAGAAGAUUCCUAAAUUUUUCUAGAAAAGAAUUUAACUCUUUUUUUAAUAAAAAGGAGAGGGGUAAGGAGUGAAUGGCUCCAUCUUAUGUAGUGGGAUAAAAUCUGUAGGCACGAAUAAAAAAAGAGUGGAGUGUAGGAGAAAACUCAGUGCUGGUGAAAAUCAUUGAAGAUGUACUACUGUAGCCAGUUUUAUAUUUACGUUUAUCUUCAAGUCUCUACUGCGAGCAGUAAAAGCUCACUGCAUAAGAGCCUACGGAAGGUUUUUCGGCUAGAAUAUCAUAAGAGUCUAGAUUUGUAUCAUAUUUGGCAUGACGGAUAUAUAAUCUUUUUGUAUAGCAAAAUGACAAGGUCAAAAUGUAGUUCUUGGACGCCUUGCACAUUCUACACGUUUCCUAAGAUUACAUAGCGUGCCUUCUUUUCUUUUUCCCUUUCAUUUUGCUUCCUGAAUACUUUGUGUAAAAAAAAAUUGACAAUUCACAUCAAUCAAUAGUCAACUCUAGGCUGAUCUUUUGAUCUAUUUUGCACAGAUAUGUAUCCUUUGAUUUCCAUCACUUCUGUGCGAACGGAAACUUUGAUAACUUGGAGCUUUUGUAUGAACAAAUAUCUCAAGCUAUAGAGAAGCAAGGGUAUGCCGCAAUCACUUAAAUUUUUUUCCUACAAUUAGCUACCCGUUAGUGGUUUCAAGUAAUGUCCACUUAAUCAGUUUUUAUGCCAGCUGAGCAGAUUUUUCCUACUGAGUUCGGAUAGUGAAACACCUGUGGAGCAGAAAGGGGCAGUUAGGGUAAACUGCAUUGAUUGUCUCGAUCGUACAAAUGUCACCCAGGUAUGACAAGAUUUAUCUCAUUAUUUGAACUGAUACUUGGAUAAGAGAAAACAAUUAAGAUCUGGAAAUAAAUAGUGAAUAGGUAGGAUGAUGAUCAUGUUGAUCUCAGGCAUUACCAUGUACGACUUGAGAAAAAAUAAGGGAAAACAUAAUGUAAAAGAAAUUAUUCGUCAGACAGAACCAAGUUGGGAUGAUAUGCAGGAUAAUAUUUAAUAUCGUAUGUCGCAGUCCUUCUACAAAGCAAAGGAGGCAUUGUAUGUCUCAACUUUUACAAUGGAUGAUGCCAGGUUUAAGGAAGACUUUAAUUGUGCGUAAUGGUUUGUCUAAAUAGACCAACUGAUAUCAACUUAUUCUUGAUUCUCCUAGAUUUCAAGUAUUGUUUGCAUACAGUCAUCCUUAUAAAGCAUGAUAUCAACUCCUUUCCGUUAUCAACUUUCAUUUUUAGCAAAACCUAACCCAAGCCAGAAAUAGUUACAAUUUAAAAAAAAAGAAAAAUUGGUUCUAAGUUGAUACGGAUAUGGUGUGUAGCUUGCAUUAAAUUCCAGUUAUGCAGCAAGUGAUUAUAGCCCAAUUUUAGUAGCAUAUUACUAAAUCUCGAGGACAUGACAAUGAUAUUGGACCACCUUAUAUCCACCAUGCCUGAGAGUUUAACUUUACGAUUGGACAAUUUCAACAUAAGUUAGGUUCUCUUGAAUAUGGACUAUCAAUCAUCUCCAGGUCGAUUUGAUGUCGAAUUCGUUCUACAAUUAACUUCCCGAUUGACUGUGUUUCUAUUGUGAAAUCUAGUUGAUGUUUAUUGGUCUCGGGAUCUGAUGUUCUCAUUUGGUCGUUUGUUUCUUUAUCUUGCAUGUAUUGCCUGCCAUGUACCGAGCGAUUAUACCCCAGUUCCAGUGGGAUGUUAUGAGAUAUAGCAAUUAUACAGAUCAAGUGAAUACAAAGAGAUAAUUAGUAAUAAUAACUCAUGCCACACAUCCACACUACUAUAUUUCGUUUCAUUCUUUUUCUUGAUCAGUAGUGUGACUUUCGAUGGUUCACUCCAGCUCCCUUACAUCCAUAUUUUAAUUCCUGAUUUCUCAGAGCUACAUCGGGAGGAAAUCAUUGAACAUGCAGCUGCAGAAAAUGGGAGUUCUGUCUUCAGAUGAGUGUAUAUCUACAUAUGAUGAUCUUUACGAGAAGUUCAGAAUUUGUGAGGAAUUUGGCAAAUUUCAAUGCCUGCUUUUGCUUUCUUUUAAUAGCUCUUCUAUUUUCAUGGAUUUCACCUAAUUGCUUUCCCCCCUGUCUUUCCUUUUCUAGUAUGGGCAACAAAUGGUGAUGAAAUCAGCCUGGAAUACUCUGGUACCCAUGCCUUAAAAGGGGACCUCGUCAGGUGUCUUUUUUUUCCAUGAAUAUUUGCUGUAUUCUGUUCUGUGAGAUCACUUCUUGCUAACAUGCCUCUCAUUGGAUGCAGAUAUGGAAGGCAGACAGUAUUCGGUUUGCUCAAAGAUGGUAUGAGUGCUCUGUCUCGUUAUUACCUGAAUAAUUUUCAGGAUGGUCUUCGGCAGGUACCCUUCAUCCUCUAAUAUCCAGAUAAACUGAGGAUUCUAGUACUUUUGCCCUCCUUCGUGAUAGAACUGCCUUUUGGCCUGCCAGGACGCAUUGGAUCUCAUCAGUGGACGUUACUCUGUCAACAGAAAUGGCCCUUCCCCUUUCCAGCUCAAUGGCUUUGAAUCACUAUCGGUAAGCCUCCGAAGCUGUGAAGUAUGAGUGACCGAUUUGCCAUUCUGUCUCUGCAAACUUACUUUAGACGCUGCUACACAUAAACAACUCUGCAGUAUCUUCCAGUGGCUUCUGUCUUCAUAGUGGGAGGUCUUUCACUAACAACAAGCACAUUCAACCAAGGUAUGCUUAUUUUCUAUAAUUGGUGAUACCCAUAUAGUUAAACCAUUGAACUUUGUUUAUUAUUUAACGAUUAUAGUAGGUCUCCUUACAUACAAGUUGACCCCUAUCAUUUGGUGCACUGAUUCUUGAGCUUUACCCCGUAAAAAAUAGAAACGGGGUACAUACCAAGAGCGAUCUUGUGCUCUAGGAUGAUCUUAUAAUGGGUACAUACCAAGAGCGAUGAUAUCAAGCCAUGCAUUUUUCUCAAUCUCGGGGUUAUGCUACUACCUUGUGUAACGUAUAAUUAAAUGCUGUUUUGGUGUUCCCAGAAAGGAAAAAAAAACAUUUUCUGAGGGUUUUUGUGCAAUUUGUGCUGCAGCAGGACGCCGCAUGCAUCAUUUCGCUUCAACUGUGCUUUGGGCCGGUUUGGCCGCGGGAGUGCUGGCCAUAGUUAAAGCUAAUGGCAGGCAGUUCUGCUCCAGACCGCGGCUCUGCAGGCUCUUCUAA